AUGGCGCCGAUGACCAUGAGCGCCGACGCAUGCCGCGUAUGCGGUAAAGAGGACGAUGAAGAGUUUUUAGUUCUUUGUGACGGGUGCGAUCGUGCCUUUCACACCGCGUGUGUCCAAGGCUGCACAUGUUGCAACACAAAACCGCGCAACAACUUUGCACGCAAGCCGGCGGUCCCGGAGGGUGACUGGUUUUGCAAGUUUUGUGCUGGUCGCAUUCCUUCGCUGGAGGAGGGAAAAACUCCAGUGUCCUCCGUAUUUGUGUGGGGAGACAAUGAGGACGGACAGUUGGCACUACCGGAGAACGAAGCAAAGGUGAUAUGGAAGCCUACUAAGGUGCACGAGCUCGAUGGCAUUGGUGUCCUGUCUAUUGCUUGCGGCGAGACGUGCACGUAUGUACUUUGCAAUGAUGCCAACCUGUACUCCGUUGGAACAGGCCUCUCUGGUCAGCUGGGGCACCAGGAUAUUGUGCACGAGAAGCUUUCUCACUUUCGCAUGUUGGAAUCAGUCACGGAAGAGAAGCGCUCUAAAGGUGAAGGACGAUUCUCCCAAAUUCAUGCUGGAUCCAAUUUCGGUUUGGCAAUAACGACUGAAGGUCAUUGUUACUCGUGGGGUAAUGGUGAGGUCGGACAGCUAGGCCACCAGGAUAAUAAAAAUAAGAAAGUGCCCAAGAAGAUUUCUGCUUUAAGAGAACUUGAAGUGCCAGUCGAUCUGGCAUGUUGUGGUGGUGAUUUUGUUAUCAUGACAACAAAAGAUGCUGGCGAUAACGAUCAAUUCAAUACCAAAAGACCAGGUGUGUUUAUGAGCAUGGGCUCCAAUAGUCAAGGUCAACUUGGUGAUGCGUCCAACAAGAAUCAAUGGGUUCCGCAGCUUCUUAACAAUGAUGCUUCAGAUUUCACCAGCCCUGAAAAUCGGGACAUCGAUGAGCCGACAGAAUUCUUGCUUGGUCGUGACAUCACAUUAUUAUCUGCUGGCCGAUCACAUGCUGCCGCCAUCGUUAGAGGAACCAAAAGUCUUUGGACAUGGGGAUACGGCGAUCGCGGUCAAAUCGGACACUCGAAACCAUUACCGGUUGCAGGCCAGUCGAAGUUUUUCCGCUCGCAGUUCCGGGUUCCACGACCUCGUUUUGUCCAGGCCUUUAAAAAUGAUACAGUCAAGCUCGUUGCUUGCGGUGCUCAGCAUACUCUCGUGCUUUUGACCGACGGACGUUUAUUUGCAAUGGGUGAUAACGAAUUUGGUCAGCUUGGCGUGAAACGUGGUGAUACCCCAGAAGAUAAUUGUGUGGAGAUGCCAGUGCACAUUUCCACAUUUGGAGUCGAGAAUAGCGUGAAACAAAUUGGCUGUGGUGAUGACUUUUCAGCGGCGCUCACAACCACAAAUGAUGUGUACACUUGGGGUCGUAAUCAGCUUGGACAACUUGGCUUAGGCGAGUCACAAAAAACACCACUGGAUGUUCCUACGAAAAUUACUGGCCUUUCACCCAUUAAACAACUUGCUGUCGGUAUUAACCAGAUCUUUGCCAUUGAAUUUACCAAUGCGAGCCUCCCGCCCCCGAUCGUCCGCGCUGCCGUCGCUAAGCGGGGAAGAAGUCGUGGAGGAGACGCCAUUGCAUUUACUCGACAAAAUACGAACAUCACUAUGCUCCGUUCAAUCCGCAGCAGCAGCUUCAUGCGAGUGCAAGUGCUUAUGCAAAUCAAAACGGGGCACCGCAAUGCCAUAAGUGGGCAGCAAGCGGUAGCGUUUUUUGCGCGCUCACACUUAGAUAGUUCUACCUUACGCGAGAUCUGGAGCAUUGCAGAUGCCCAGCAAAGGAGCGAGCUGUCGCGAAAUGAGUUUUACGUAGCCAUGCGACUGAUCAGCAUGAUUCAAAGAGGAGAACAGGUAUCGGUGCAGAGGUUCAGUCAAUUUGCAGCAAUGUCGUACCCACUUGCAAUGAUGGAUGGAAUGCCACCUCCUUCGAGUAUUCAACAACAGCCUAUUCAAUCACAGGAAAGUCACCCUAUUGAACCGCUUUGUGGUUCUAUGCAGCAGCAGCCCACGCCCACAGGACCAUACGCUCUCUCGGCAGAUGAAAAAAGCAAGUAUGAUAAUAUUUUUCAGCAAUAUGACACUGAUCGCGACGGAUUUAUCAUGGGAAGUGAAGCAGUGACGCUAUUUCAAAUGUCGGGUCUAGAUCGAAUUGUGUUGCGAAAUAUCUGGUCGAUGGCUGAUAUCACGCAAGAUAGCAAAUUAAGCGCUCAAGAGUUCUACGUGGCUAUGCACUUGAUUGUCUGCGUGAGCAAGCGCGGCUUGCCUAUGCCGGCGACAUUACCGCGCGAACUUAGUGAGACAGCGUUUAGUUCCGGUGGAACUUUUCAGAAUAUGACUCAAUAUGGCGUUCCUAGCUCUCAGCGACAUAAUGUAAGAAUUCCGUCGCAACAUGAUGCACCGGUUCAAAUGCAGCAAGGGAGUUUACCACCACCUCAGCCAGAGGGUAUGUCUGCUUUUGAUUCUUUUUCUAUUGUUGAAGAUACCCCGCUACCUGGUCUUGCCUCUUUCAAACCGCAAGCAAGCUCUUUAAAUCCAGUUAGUGGUAAUGCGCUGAACAAUUAUGCGGGAGGUUCUGGCGAAAAGUCGGCAUCCACACCUUCAGGAGGGCUUCAUAACAUUUCGACACCUGAAGUGCCUGACACUAUCAGUGGGAGAACCUGUAUAAACCCAGCAUUGACAGUGAAGUCAACGUCUAGUUUUACCGGAGUGGCGCCGCUGCCAACCCACCAGUAUGCUAAUCGGAUCAAUUCUCGCAAUUUUGGUAGCAAUGAGUCCAUAAAAGUUUCUCAUACUCCUGCCGCUGGAAUCCAGCCAUCCCAGCGGAUGUAUGCAGACUUUGAUUGUGAACAUUUUGGCAGCCCGUCAGUUAAUAGUUCAGACAAAGUCUUUCUGGGUGAUGAGGAAAACAAAAGGAUGGUGGGCCAGCUUAAUAAGUUGAAUGAUGAAGUGAUUCAGGUUCUUGCUGGCGUGAAGCGCAAGCAAAAAACUAUUGAGGGUAUUUGUGAGAAGGUUCGGGAUCUGGAUGAGCUGCGUCACGAAUUAGUUACUCUUGUAAUGAAACGGGAAGAUUUGCGUGUUUCAACGGCUUUUACGUCAGGGGCUGAUGAAGAUGUCGAGAAAGACAAAAUGAAGCACGUCUUGAUACACUCUUUGCAAAGUCUCGUAGAAAAUCAGAAGCAGGUGAUCCAGCAAUUGCAGGUUGACAUUUCUAGCUACGAAGGCGAGCUAGAAGAAGCAGUUCUAAGUGCAAAACUUCAGCAAAAAUUGUCACUUGAUUCACACCCUUCAAUGAUUGUUAAUGGAGCGUUAACGUCUGAUUCAGUGGGUGCUGCCGGGGGCGUGGUCAAUGCCUAUGCACCUGCCCCAUUUGCUCUUGACGACUCCAAAGGUCUGCCAUCUCCGAUGGCAGCACCUUCUGCUCCAUCCAUAUCGGCUUUUUCUUCGGUUGUAACCGACGGCAGUGGCUUUGAUCCUUUGAGCAACAUUGAGUCAGCUCCGCGAUCGGCUACCAGUGCGAUAGCAAAAUCGACUGUCGAGAAUUCAUCUAGAUUGCUGCUCUCGCCCACCCCGUCUCCGUUAGAAAAUACUGCUGCAGACGAUGGAUUCCAUGCAUUCAGUGGCUUUGAUCCCGCAGACGCCACGACAUCACUAACAGCUAAUGUUAGGGAAGGUCCUGCUAAAUUGCCAUUGACACUAGUUUCUGUUGAUGCAAAUGACAGUUCUGGAUUUGACGCUUUUGGUAUAGCUCCAGUUUCAGCUGAGACCCAAGUACGUCUCUCAUCGCAAGGCAAUAUGUCUUUCGCACCAAGCGCUGAAGCAGACGAGUUUGGCUUUAGUGAGUUUGAUGCGGCCCCAUCUUCUUUCGAUACUGGUAAUUCUGAAAACUCUUCGAUUAGGACAAUGCCUUCGUCAGGUGUAGCGACAAGCUUGAAAGCGGAUUCUUGUGCUUCUGCAAACAUUGCUGCAAAUUCUAGGGCAUUUGAAAGCUCGCCCUUCUUGACUCCGUCUGCUAUGGAAAAUAUGGAUUUUGAUGCGUUUGCGGCCGCUCCGAACUCUACCGACAAUGUUGCUACUGAAGUGUUACUUUUGUCUUCAGCAGCUACAGAUAGACCCAGUAGCGAGCUGAAUACAGUAAACGAUGCUGGUGCCGCUCUAAACGAAGCAGUGGCAACAUUUGAGUCUUCAGAAUCGGACGAAAAUCUGCUGUUCUCCCCAACCUGUAUACCCGCUGCUGCUUCAAUAAGUAGUGCUCAUGAUGCAUUCGGUGACUUAAGUGCGUCAAGAAAAAGUGCUGUGCCGGCAAAUGCACCGGAAAUAAUGACAAAGUCGCCGUUCUCGCCCGUCGCCUCAGAAACUAAUGAUCACCAUGAAUUUGUUGACCCAUCAUUUUUGCCUGUGGUCAACAAUGACUCUAGCUCUGAAUUUGAAACGUUUGGAGAUUUUGGUACUGUACCUGUCUCUACGUACAACACUGCAAUACCAACGGCGGCUGAGACUAGUGACAUUGGAUCAGUCGAUUUUGAAGCAUCUGCAGAUGCUAAUACUGCUUCCGUCUCAACUGCAGAUGUGCCCAAAAUCUUACCGGCAGCCGAUCCAAGCGACAGCUCGCUGCAUCCGCCUACGGUGCUUGAUGAUUCUAAAUUGGGCGAUUAUGAUGAUUUGAGCUCAGCCUCAAUUAAGGCAUCAGUAACGAAGCCAGCGAACGAAGUGUUGCCUGUGAAUACCAAAGAAGAAAUUAAUUUCGGAGAUUUCGGUGACUUCAACACUGCUUCAGCUCCCAUGGAUCAGAACAAUUUUGAGGCUUUUGAAGACUUUACCUGCUGA